UAACUAACCACUUGUAUGACGAGUAGAUUAAACAUAAUGAUCGUCCCAUACAAAUGUUUAAAACACGGCGUGUUUUUGCGUUCAAAUUUCUUUUUCUGUGAAGAACAACAAAUCACACCGAAAAAAAAAAAAUAAAUUACGAGAGAGAGAGAUACAAAAAACACGUACCCUCAAAUUGAAAUUGAGAUUAUCACCAGGAACUAGAAUAGAACUCUUUCAAUCGAAGUCACUGAUAGUAUACAUCAAGAGACAAUGGCAGUAUUUAUAAAGACACUGAAUGUUCCUACAUCCACUAGAGCUCUAGUUGGACUUUUAUUGGCAGUUUCAGCCAUUAUUUUUGCCUUGAAAUUCCAACAAUUACGAGUCGCUAUUCAACAAGGUAUAAGUAUUUCAUUUGGAGAACUUUACGUACCAUAUCUACAAUUGAUUCCAAGAUCUACUGUCUAUUACCCUUGGGUUAUUGUUACAUCCAUCUUUGCUGAAGUAUCUAUUCUUUCGUUUGGAUUUUCCAUCUUGGUUCUUUCUAUUUCCACUAGAUAUGUAGAAAAGUUUUGGGGUUGGAAAGAAGUGGUUAAAUUUGUUUUAAUCAUUGGAUUUAUUACUAAUUUCAUUACUGUUAUCUUUGCUAUCAUUAGUAAUAUUGCUAGAAAUGAUGUGGAAGGAAUGGAUUUACCAUUAGGAGGAGGUAUUUCCUAUUAUUUUGGAUUUUUAGUUGUUUUUAAGCAAUUAAUUCCUGAACAUAAUAUUGUAUUAUUUCAAGGUUUAGUUAACGUUAGAGUUAAACAUUUACCAUUUGCAUUAUUAUCAUUGGUUAUUGUUUGGUCACUUUUAAUUUCUCGUUCAUUAUAUCCUGCUAUUCCAUCAUUAGGAAGUUUCAUUACAUCUUAUACUUAUUUAAGAUUCUUCCAAUCAUUUUUAACUGAUCCUUUAUUACCAAUUACCACUGCCAAUGGAGAUAAUUCAAAUUCUUCCUUAAUAACUGGUGAUGCUUCCGAUACUUUCCAAUUAGUUGAAUUCUUCCCAUCCAUUACUAAACCUUAUUUAUCCAUUGUAUUUGAUAGAAUUUAUGAAAUUAGUGUAUUAUUAGGAUUAAUUACUCCUUUUAAUGAUGAAUCAGUGGAACAAAGUAAUCUCAGAGCUCAAAAGAGACAAGAACAAGCCAAUCAAUCACAAAAGAGUGUGGCCAACUCUGUAGCUGAAAGAAGAAGACAAGUAGCGUUACAAGUGAUUGAAGAUAGAAUCAAUAAGGAAUCAACUGCUUAAGCUUUAAGGUGUUAAGGUUUUCCUGAAAAUAUCUUAUUGUUUAGUUUCCAUUCCAUCCCAUUCCAUUCAAUUCAAGAUUGUACUUUAUAGCCUAUAUUUAUAUGUAUAAAACAUCCCAUUUCUUUAUAAAUAUUUAUUGUAGUUUUGAUUGUUAUGUUUAAGGACCAUUCUUACACAAAAUAAAAAAUGUGUUGAUACCAAUUUUUUAGUGAGAGGAAAAAAAAUGGAAAGCCAAAAAUCUGGAACUGACCAGAUGAACACAUCCAGGAGUAAUUACAUAGUUAGAUCCCAUAUCUUAUUCAAUUCAUUCUACGGAAACAUUAUAUACCCUUUAUAGACAUACUGGGCUAGUCA